UUCCCAGAUGGACAGACCCACCAACUGCUGCUGAACAACCUCCCCCGACCCUCCCCAGAACAUCUCGACGCUGUCAAUAAGCCCGGGUAUCUGCCCGGGUGCCAUGUCAAGCCAUGGAAGCCGAUUGGGAUGAAUUGUCGCGCAUACCCGUGCCCCCUCCAAGCCCGCACGGGUUGCCGACGAUCGCGACCACAAUCGCCUUUGACGAUGUGAUGGAACUUUUGUGGGCCGGAAAUGAAUAUGGCCGAAUUACCUCCUUCUAUGGUCCCGAAAUGCAGAGGUAUACCUCUGUCCGGGCACACCCCGUGUCCGAAGGCGCGGUGCGACAGAUUCUCUUCCAUGACCGAGGCGUAUUAUCGAUAUCCUCAAAGAGUGCGCACAUGAUCACCCGCCGCGGUCUGACGCAGUGGCACAUCGCCCACGAAGAAAUGACCGACCUCCGCUGCAUGAGUUUCACGGCCCAGACGAACCGGAUCAUAGUGGCAGGAUGCCAGAAAGUGAUGUUCACCAUCGAUAUCGACAAAGGCAUCAUCGUGGACAAGCUGCCGACGGAUUACAAUUACACCAUAAUGAAGAAGAGCCGGUACCUCUGCGCGGCCACGGACACCGGGUCGGUCAAUGCGUUGAGUCUGAAUGACUUUAGUGUCGUGAAGUCGUGGAAAGCGCACGGCACGGCGGUCAAUGAUAUGGAUGCCCGCAAUGAUCUGCUGGUCACCUGUGGCUUCUCCGUCAGACACCUUGGCGCCCCGAUCGUGGAUCCGCUGGCCAAUGUCUAUGACCUGAAAACACUCUCCCCGUUACCUCCCAUCCCCUUCCACGCGGGUGCUGCCUAUGUGCGCAUGCACCCUAAGCUGCAUACGACGAGUUUUGUGGCCUCGCAGACGGGUCAGCUUCAGGUGGUCGACUUGAUGAAUCCCAAUGCGAUCAAUCUGCGUCAGGCGAAUGUUACGUUCAUGUUGGGUAUUGAUCUCUCGCCUUCUGGGGAAGCACUUGCCAUCAAUGAUGCGGAAUGCUUCCUUCAUCUGUGGGGCUCCCCUGCAAAGAUCCACUUCAAUGAAUUGAGCAAGGAGGCCGAAUUUGCCGAUGUCACCCCGCGGCCACCUCCCCUCGACUGGUCUCCGGAAACCCCGCUGAAUAUGAUCGGUAUGCCCUAUUACCACGACCGCCUGUUUUCGGCAUGGCCGAGCCAUCUGGUCUUCGAGGUCGGUAGUCCUCCGGCCCCUAUUGAUCAGGCUCUGCUUGCCUACCUGCGUCCGGCUGAAAUCGGUCAUUAUGCGGCCAAUCCGAAGAAAACGCGGCGAUACCAGGUGGAGAAUACCCGCGCAUUAUCUACUACCGACACUGCUUUGAUUGCUCCCAAGUUCUUGAGUGAGAAGGCCAGGGAGCAGAGUAACAAAGUCAAACCAGAUGGUUCGAUCGGUGACGCGACUGAGGCGUUGGCUGGUGCAAAGCUCAAUGGCGAGUCUGAGGAUGAUCCGCUCUUGAAAUACAGUAAUGUCGAAAUCAAGUAUAGUCGAUUCGGUGUCGAUGAUUUUGACUUCCGAUUCUACAACCAGACGACCUUCUCCGGUCUUGAAACACACAUUGCGAAUUCCUUCACUAACGCCCUCCUUCAACUCUUCAAGUUCAUCCCCAUGAUUCGAAACGUUGCUCUCCACCACGCUGCCAGUUCGUGUAUAUUUGAAAGCUGUCUACUGUGCGAGAUGGGCUAUCUGUUUGAUAUGCUCGAGAAAGCCAACGGUCAAAAUUGCCAGGCGACGAACCUUCUCAAGACCUUCAGUAGCUCUCGCGAGGCUUCCAGUUUGGGCUUGUUCGAAGAGAAUCUGACGACUAAGUCACUUUCUACAGCCAUACAAGCAGUCAAUCGAUUCUUCCUCACGCAAAUCUCUCAUGACCACCGCAUGAUCCUACCCAGCUCGGACGAAUUGGAUCUGCGACUCAAUACUGUCGCGUCUGAGGCCAUACGAUGCAUGUUCUGCCAGAAUGAGAUCGUCAGGCCAGGCAAUACCCUAGUCAAUGAGCUGGUGUAUCCCGCCAUCGACCUCAAGCAACUCCGUCGAAAUCCUGCCUUCCGCUUCUCCAACAUAUUGCGCGCAAGCAUAGAACGAGAAACACAAAACCGGGGAUGGUGUAACUACUGUCGACGGUAUCAACAAGUCAAUAUUCGCAAGACUAUACACCGCAUGCCAUCGGUUCUUAUGCUCAAUGCCGCACUCAGCAACCCCAUUUGCCGCCGACUGUGGGCGAUCCCUGGCUGGCUGCCUGAAGAAAUGGGAAUUGCGGUCGACAAUGGCCAGAUCCUGUGUUUUGAAGGCGACGAGCUCAAGCUGCGACUUCAGUCCAAGAUGGCUGGGCUUGUGGUUUAUGAAUUGGUGGGGCUGGUUUGCGAAAUCGAUGUCCCUGAGCACCAGAAGGCGCAUCUGGUCUCUUUUAUUAACGUAUCUAUAUCCUCGCGCGAGCCAGAAGCGAAGAACAAGUGGCACUUGUUCAACGACUUCCUGGUGACGGAGGUUGAUAAGGAUGAAGCUCUCCGGUUCAACCAGCCGUGGAAAAUACCAUGUGUCCUGGCUUACCAGGUCAAAGAUGGACGCCAUUCUAUGGACGACUCCUGGAAGAAAUCGCUCGAUACCACCCUUCUGUUUCGUGACUGGUCUAUGAAUGCCGGCCAGGCUGUGGAAUCGCGCGUCACACUCACCGAGGAGGAAAAGCCCACUCCUGGCACGCCUGUUGCUCUGGACACUGAGUUCGUCGAUCUUGAGAAGGCGGAAAUCGACGUGAAAGCGGACGGCUCUCAAGAGAUGGUGCGACCGAGCAAGAGUGGACUUGCUCGAGUGUCUGUUCUCCGAGGCUCAGGACUUCGCGAGGGUGUUCCGUUCAUCGACGAUUACAUCACCAUCAAAGAACCAAUUGUGGACUACGUCACCCAGUACUCUGGCAUCAAACCGGGUGAUCUGGACCCCAGAACGAGCCAACACAAUCUCGUCCCACUGAAAGUGGCAUAUAAGAAGCUCUGGUUGCUUCUCAACUUGGGCUGUGUGUUUGUUGGACACGGCCUUGCCUCCGAUUUCCGGAAGGUGAAUAUCCAGGUCCCCAAGAACCAGACGGUGGACACGCAGUAUCUUUUCUUCCAUCCCGGAAAGAACCGGCGGUUGAGUCUACGGUAUCUCGCGUGGGCUGUGUUCAAGGAAUUCAUCCAGGAAGAGCCCACGGAUAACAAUCAAGGACACGACUCGAUCGAGGAUGCGCGGAUGGCGUUGCGCCUCUGGAAGAAGUUCAAGGAAUAUGAAGACGCGGGAGUGGUCUCCCAGAUCCUGGAGGAGAUCUUCCGCGAAGGAUCCAAGCUGGGAUUCAGGCCACCUCCGCGGAACGGCACGACCACCGUCCUUUCUCGCCCCGGUACGGCGGUCACAAUGCAGAAUGGCAGCGGCCGCAACACUCCCAGCACGCCGGACGUCGUCGGGGUCCCCGCCGGCAGUGCGCCUGCAACCCCCCGGCAAGCGUUUCGACGCUCGAUCGCUCUGACCCCAAGUAACGGCAGCUUUGCUAGCCCUGCUGCCAGCGACAUUUUUGGGGCAAGCCCGUUGAAGUAAACAGUCGUUGACUUUCGGCUUGGUGACCAGGCUGUGACGGUUUUGCUUUUGGUCACGCCUUUAGUUACCUAUAUACCAUGAUCGCUUAUAGAAGCGACCCCUAGCUUACCA